AGCUGCUCAUGACGGCGAUCGUGUCCUGAGUCAAGGCCUCUUCCUCACUACAACAUUGUUUGAUUCUAACUUUUAUAGUCUGUCGCUAAAGUAAAAGCGUGAAUGAUUGGUUGUAGAUUUAUGUGGAAAUCCGAAGAUUUGCAAGGUUUCUUUCCAGUUAGAUCAGAAUGUCAAGCAGAUGUUCCCAGAACACGAUUCAAAUCAAGGGUUGGCAAAACUCUAAGUAGAAGAAGAUGGCACGCAGCGUUUACUAAGGAUGGUCAUUUGGAUAUGGAGAGAGUUCUUCGUCGUAUACAACGAGGGGGGAUUCAUCCAUCAAUCAAAGGAGAGGUUUGGGAGUUUCUGUUAGGUGGUUACGAUCCAGACAGCACGUUUGAUGAACGAACCAAGCUAAGGAACCACAGAAGGGAGCAGUACUAUGCUUGGAAAGAAGAAUGUCAGAAGAUGGUUCCUCUAGUUGGCAGUGGCAAGUUUGUAACAAUGGCUAUUGUUGCUGAAGAUGGUCAGACAUUAGAAGAAUCAUCAGCAGAUAAUCAAGAAUGGCUUGUGAAAACCGCUGUUACAGACAAGCGUGUGCUCCAGUGGAUGCUAGUACUGAGUCAAAUAGGUCUUGAUGUGAUUAGAACGGAUCGUUAUCUCUGCUUUUAUGAGAGUGAGAGUAACCAAGCAAGACUUUGGGAUGUUCUUGCUAUAUACACAUGGUUGAAUCCUGAUAUUGGUUAUGUUCAAGGAAUGAAUGAUAUAUGUUCUCCGAUGAUAAUACUACUAGAAGAUGAAGCUGAUGCUUUCUGGUGCUUUGAGCGUGCAAUGAGAAGACUAAGAGAAAACUUCAGGACAACCACAACGUCAAUGGGGGUCCAGACUCAGCUUGGUAUGCUCUCACAGGUUAUUAAGACAGUUGAUCCUAGGCUGCACCAACAUCUAGAGGAUCUGGACGGUGGAGAGUAUCUGUUUGCUAUAAGGAUGUUGAUGGUUUUGUUCAGGAGAGAGUUCUCCUUCCUUGAUGCCUUGUACCUUUGGGAGAUGAUGUGGGCUAUGGAGUACAAUCCAAAUAAUUUUUCAUCGUAUGAAAAACCAGAGAACGGAACCAAACAGGAUCCAAGGUUACUGAAACAGUAUGGAAAGUUUGAGAGAAAGUAUAUACAGAGUGGUCAAAACGAGCAACACCACAACACGCUGGCUGUUUUUGUUGUGGCGAGUGUUCUUGAAACAAAGAACAAACGUCUACUGAAAGAAGCUAAAGGCCUAGACGACGUUGUUCAGAUAUUGGGUGGUAUUGCGGGUAAUUUGGACGCUAGAAAAGCGUGUAAAGAAGCUUUGAAGAUUCAUGAAAAGUUCCUGAGAAAGGCUAAUAAGCAAUAGACAUAUUGCUUAACCUUCAACCAUAUUUUUCCCGGUUUUGUUAAACCGAUUUCGGUAUUGAUCUUGGCCUGGAUUGGUUACCGUUGGUACGCUGAUAAAUGUAGUAAAGAUCGCGGGAGGGAUCCAUGAGAACGUUCUAGUUCUUUUGUUCUUACAUGUUGAUAUGAUGUGUGCUAAAGAAACUCUACCUCCGUGUGCCGUUUUAUUUUUUUUGAUAUUCUGUGGAAAAUGAUGCAAGUGUAAUCAACUAAUUAAUCAUUCUGAAAUUCCACAUAUUUGUUUCGGUUU